AUGGACAUGAAAGAAACUGGUUCCCAGCGGAAGCUUCAAUUGCAAGAACUUGAGGAAUUUAGGUUAGAGGUAUAUGAGAACUCCAGGAUCUACAAGGAAAAGACCAAAGCUGCACACGACAAAUUGAUUGCCAAGGAGUUCAACGUUGGCAAUAGAGUCCUCCUCUACAAUUCACGCCUAAAGCUGAUGCUUGGUAAGUUGCAUUCUAGAUGGGUUGGUCCUUUUGUGGUUACUCAUGUUUCUCCCUAUGGUGCAGUUGAGAUCAUGGACGGGUCGACUACGAAGAAAUUCACAGUUAAUGGGCAGAGGCUUAAACAUUUCUAA